AUGGGAAGACUGCUCCUUUCUUCUAGCCAGGUUGGCGUUAUCCUGUCGGCAACAAUUGUUCUUCUCUUCACACUUGCACUCUUCCUUUCCGGUUGGGUGUUACAACAACGAUACGUACACUCUCUGCAGGCGGCCAUAAAACCACGGUUACCCAAGCCUUUACCGCCUCCGAAACCGAUAGAACCCCCGACAUUAGAUGCGAAAUGGGCGAGACCAAUAGGCAGCCGGCCAGAGGUGGACGAUACCUAUGCUCAAUAUAUCGCAGGCCAGACAAUGGACUGGAGCAGGCUGGGCUACGUGCAAGUCGUGAGGGAACACGUAGAACUAUGCAGUGCAGUAAUGCUCCUCUCCGACUUGCACAGAAUGAAGAGCCCCGCGAAGAAGAUAUUGAUGUUUCCGAAACCUUGGCUUGUGGAGUCAGAAGAUGAAAAAUAUGGACCGCAAAUGUCGACCACACGGCGUUUGCUGAGGACAGCGGCGAGGCGGUAUGGCGUCACUUUGAUGCCGAUGGAACCUAUAGUGGAAGGCGCAGAUGACACACUCCCCUCGUCCUAUUCGCUAGCAAGUCUAUAUUCACUGGUAGACUACGAGCGCAUACUCUACCUCCAAGGCCCAGGCGUACUUCUCGAUGCAUCGGCUUUGGACUCAUUGCUGGCUUUCUCCAAGUCGGAGCCCAUGGCCGCGUACCCCGCCACACCAGAACGAACAGACCUGUCGACAUCGCUUCUGAUGAUACAUCCAUCGCAGCAGAGCUUCAAUCAGCUGAGAGCAAUGCGCGCGUCGAAGCCGACAUCUGAUCUGAACAUGUUCCGGAAGACAUUUACGGUUCCAGACUCUUUGAUUUCAGAGUGGUCAUUGUCAAUGGGCAACGUCGUCUAUGAGUCGCAGAAUCUGCGCAACGUUGUCGACGAUUUCAAUGCGACGGCAUUCGAAAAGAUGACAACGUUUGUGAGACUGUCGGAUCCCGAGAUACCAGGACCGGAGUACGACGUCCCAUACUCGGAACGCGCUAAGCUACGACCGCAGAACGAACAAGCACAAGAAGCAUGGAGCAAACUCUACGAACGAUUCCGGCAGCGACGCAUGGAAGUGUGCGGCCUUGAUCUGGAGACGUACCAGCCGAUCAUGGUCUCUGGUGGGGCUGAUGAAACGAGCGUGGUGGCUGAUGAAUUAUGA